AUGAGCACGAGUGAACAAGACGAGAAGAAGAAGAAGAAGAAGCAAGAGGCCGUGGCAGAUGGCGAGACUGAAGCUCAUGUGGGCUCAGACGACGAGGAGACAAAGCCGAGAGAUCAGAUAAAGAGUAAGAAGGAUGAGAGUAGUGCUAUGGAAAAGCUUACGGACCUUGUGGAAGAGAAGCAAAUGGACGAGAACAAGAUGAAGGAGGCGUUUCAAGCACUGCGUAAGCAAGAGGAGGCGGAUAAAGAGGCCGAACGAUUGUUGGAGAAGACGCUAGCGGCUGUAAAGGUCAGCAAAGAUGAUGUGACGCUUGUGGCGCAGGAGAUGGAGAUUUCGACGCAACAGGCAGACCGCAAGCUCCGUGAGGCUAAUGGCGACGUCGUCAAGUGUUUGCAGACGCUUAUUGCCUCUUAG